CUCCCAGAGGGUGUAAGUUUUGGGACCUUGUUGUCUACCAAGCAAGAAAGAGUUUGGAAGGGUGGAAGAAUGUUUUCAUAUCAAGGGGUAGGGAGGCACACUUACUGCAAUCGGUUUGGAAAGUUUACCCACUCAUUCUUUGUCUUUGUUCAGAAUCCCAAGUUAGGUGGCAGCAGAGUUAAAAGACUUAUGAGGGUUUUUGUGGGAGAGCCAAGGAGAAGGGAAAAAGGAGCAUUGGGUGAAGUUGGAUUUAGUUUCAAUAUGCAACGGGAAAUGAGGAUUUGGGGUGGGAAUUGGCUACUUGAAUCAUCUCCAAAUUUUUCUUUCAAAUUGUACUUCAAUUGAUUGAUUGACCAUCCGUUUUCGUUCAACUGCUCAAUCAAUUGAUGGGCAUAAGAAAGAAAAUCCAGUAGUUUUUUCUUAUCAUUCUGCCAAAGAAGUCAUUCAUUGUUUCAGUCGGGUUUCAUGUUGGACAAAAGUCAGAAAUCUAGAAAUUAUGGUCAUAAGAGUCGCUUUUUAUUAUUUCGAAUUGUGAGAUGGUGUAAUAUUGUGAUAACCAUGUUCAUCAUUUAGACGGCCAAACUUUUAAUAUCGUAAUGAUUAUUUUGAUGGUUUAUAACCAACAUGACUGGAAUUUACUUUUUGUUAAAUGGUUGAAUAGUUUCUCGGUCCCCUACGAUCUAAGCAUGAGAGGGAGCAAGGAAAAAUGGGCAGAGGCAUUUUUGGCUCAUAUGCAGGGGAAGUGGGAAAUAUGCAGGCCUGCUUGGAGGUCUUUGCAGAUGGAGGUUAGUGAACUAAAACCACGGCCCAUUGCGCUGUAAACUGACUGCUUUCACUCCUUCACUCACCGUCCUCAAAAAUAGAGUUAAUAAAACGAAAAUGGACUGAAAUGGUAUUUAUGCAAUCAUGUAUCCUCCAAGAAAACUUCCUUGUUAGGUUCAAUCUGAGAAAUACUGGGCUAAGGAGUUUGAUGUUAUUUGUCACAAUAAAGUUCAUAUAUAUUGUAGAUCUAUGAAUUUGCAAAUUGCAAUCCUCUGGAGGUGAGUUUAAACUUCAGAAUGGAAAUUUUAGAUUUUUUCUUGCAUUUUACAAUUUAGUAUUCUUUUUAUGUGCAGACUUUUAUUUUUGGUUUCUCAUUCUAUUACAUGAUUGGACUAACAUGUGUAACAAAGGCUAUGAAUCCUUUUUGGAUUGUGCCUUGUAAUACUUGUAGGGAAACAUGGUAGGGAUUUUUUAUUUGUACGGAUUUUUUUUUUGCUCCAUCCACCUUUAGAUGCGAUUUCUUAUUAGUGUUUUCCCUUAACUCUCAAGAAGUAUUGAAGGACAAUACAAUGUUUGUGGUGGGGACUUCAGAAAAAACAAAUGUCCAAAAGAAGUAAAAUUGUAAGUCCUACAACUUCUCCUUCUACUCCAGACUCAAUAAAUUUUAGGGAAGAUGAUGUUGCAAGUGAUAAAUCUAUUAGCCUGUGGAGACCAAUAGGCAUAAUGACCACAGAGAAUACAAGCGAUGCAGACCCUAUCGAUACCUUUUCAACGCAUGGCUACAUGUCGGUUGAUAAAUCUUCCAAUGAAUCUCUUCUAUCAACUCAAAUUCCUGCUCAAAUAGAAUCCAUCAAAAUGGAACAAAGAUCUCGUAACUUCUCAAUCGAUGAAGACAAUCAGCUUGUGUCUGUUUGGCUCAAUGUUUGCUUAGAUGCAGAUAAUGGAGAUGAGCAAAAAAGUAGUGGGUAUUGGAAAAGAAUAUGGGAGUAUUUCAACAAGGGAAAGAAAUUUACUUUUGAGCGUGUUGCUGAUUCUCUAAUGGACUGUUGCUCAGCCAUGCAAUUUGCAGUGAAUUAUUUUUGUGGGUGCUAUGCCCAGAUUAAAGCAAUGAAACAAAGUGGUGUCAACGACCAAAUAGGAUAAUACCUCCGAUGGAGAUGUACCAGCAAAUACAAGACCACAUUUCAAUUUCUACACUGUUGGGCAAGUACUGAAACACAAUAAGAAAUGGAUGGUGAAUAGUUUGAAGAAAAAGCCAAAUAUAGAAAAAGUGCGAGUCUGGGAAUGUCAUCUCCUUAUCUGGAUUCAAUAAGUUUAAGGGAAGACGAUGUUGCAAGUGAUACAUCUAUCAGCUUGGAAAGGCCAGUAGACAGAAUGGUCGCAAACAAUUUUUUAAGGAAAAAGAUAGAUUACGUUCAAGACAAUUUGACUGUGCCUGCGAGGUUGUCUUCCAAGAAUUUAGAACAGAGAAAAAGAAGUGGAGCAUAAGUGAAACGAGAAGCUUCAUCGAAGGUAUUCUCAAGAUCAAGAGCUUAUUUCAAAUAAGCAGGAAAAACUUCAUAGGGAACAACUAAAAGAGGAAGAGAGGAUAAUGUUGAUUGAUACUAUUGGCUUGCCCCAAAUGCAAGCAGAAAAUCCGUCAGAGAAAUCACGGCUAAAAAAAGAGGUUGGUAGUAGUUUAGAUUAGUAGUCAUUGUACAUAGUUCAAAUUAGUUGUAAGCAGUGUUCCACUUGGCCUUGCUCGUCUUUUUGCGUUAGUAUGCAAAGCUGACAUAAAAUCUCUUAGUGUGUCUUGGCCCCAAAUAUGUGUUAAAUUUGCAUGAUUGCAAAGCAUGCUCGAGCACCUUGUUGAAUG